CGAGGUUGUGGCUCUUGCGCAGCCGCGUCUCACCGCGGGCGGGCGGCCGCUACCUUAUUCUCUGCGAGCGCGGCGGCGACCAGGACAUUGAUAGCAGAGCAGUUGGCAGAGCAGCAUGUGGGCUGCUGGUGGAGCUGUCUGGCUCGUGCCAUUUUCCAUUUAUUCUUCCCUCCUCCUCGACUUCCUUCUCAUCCUCCUCUGAGGCCACCACUCUUCUGUCUCCCUCUCCAUCUUCUGCCUCAUUCUUGACGAAUUAGUCCCUUCUCGCCUGUAUGUGCCUGUGAGUGCAUCUUGUCACCACCCACCCUCUCUCGCUCCCGGCAAAAAAAACAGAGUCGAGCCUACAAUACCACCACACCUUCGCCCAUCCCCACCGACUCCCCAAUAUGAGUGCAAGCGGCACGACCAACGAGCUGAAUGCUCAGGACGUGAACAGCUAUGACUUUAUCAUCGUCGGCGGUGGCACGGCCGGAUGCGUGGUCGCGUCGCGGCUGUCCGAAUACCUGCCGGAUAAAAAAGUUCUGCUGAUCGAGGCCGGACCUUCCGACUUCAUGGACGAUCGCGUGCUGCUGCUAAAGGACUGGCUCAACUUGCUGGGCGGCGAGCUCGACUACGACUACCCCACCACCGAACAGCCACACGGCAACUCCCACAUCCGCCACUCGAGAGCCAAAGUCUUGGGCGGCUGCUCGAGCCACAACACCUUGAUCAGCUUCCGCCCCUUCGAGUACGAUUGCAAGCGCUGGGUCUCACAAGGAUGCACGGGCUGGGACUUCAAGACAUUCACGAGGAUUUUGGACAACAUUCGCAACACGGUGCAGCCAGUGCACGAACGGCAUCGGAACCAGCUGACCAAUGAUUGGGUCGAGACAGGCUCCAAGGCCUUGGGCAUCCCCGUCGUUCACGACUAUAACAAGGAGAUCCGCUCGACGGGCGCCCUCCACCCUGGCAUUGGUUUCUUGUCCGUUUCAUACAACCCCGACGAUGGCAGACGCAGCAGUGCCAGCGUGGCAUACAUCCACCCGAUCCUGCGAGGAGACGAGAGGAGACCGAACUUGACCAUCUUGACCAAUGCGUGGGUGAGCAAGGUGAAUGUGCAGGGCACCAAGGUGUGCGGUGUGAACAUUACGCAAAAGGACGGCACCAAACACACCCUCACUGCAAAGCACGAGACCAUCCUUAGUGCGGGCGCGGUCGACACACCGCGCCUGCUCAUGCUCUCUGGCUUGGGUCCCAAGCAACAACUAGCAGACCUCGGCAUUGAGGUGGUCAAGGAUCUCCCGGGUGUGGGCGAGAACCUGCUCGAUCACCCGGAGUCCAUCAUCAUGUGGGAAUUGAACAAGCCUGUCGAUCACGAGAUGACCGUCAUGGACUCCGAUGCGGCCAUCUUCAUUCGCCGGGAAGUGAAGAAUGCGGCAGGGAAUGAUGGCGAUAUCAUCGACAUCAUGGCACAUUGCUACCAAGUCCCAUUCUCCUAUAAUACCGAGCGUCUGGGCUACGACGUGCCCAAGGAGGCUUUCUGUGUGACACCAAAUAUUCCACGCCCACGAUCGCGUGGCAAGCUCUAUCUCACAAGCAAGGAUCCCAGCGUGAAGCCCGCUCUGGACUUCCGUUACUUCUCUGACCCAGAAGGGUACGAUGCAGCAACCAUCGUCGAAGGCCUCAAGGCUGCGCGCAAAAUCGCCGAACACGCUCCAUUCAAAGACUGGCUCAAGCGCGAAAUCGCGCCGGGGCCCGCGAUCCAGUCUGAUGAAGACCUGAGCGAGUACGGACGACGUGUUGCACACACCGUCUACCAUCCCGCAGGUACCACGAAGAUGGGCGAUGUCAAGACCAACCACAUGGCAGUCGUGGAUCCGGAAUUGAAGAUUCGUGGACUACAAGGCGUCCGAAUUGCGGACGCGGGUGUCUUCCCCGAGAUGCCCUCCAUCAACCCGAUGCUGACAGUCCUCGCGAUUGGUGAGCGAUGUGCGGAGAUGAUUGCUCAGCAGCAUGGCUGGACAGGACUCGAGCGUGCGCGCUUGUAGACGGGAGUGGCCGAUUCCGACCAUGUCAUGACAUGAGUGAACGUUUUUUGAUGCUGUACACAUACAACCGAAAACUCCCGCCCCACUCGCAAAUAUUGCCUGCUCAUCAUGCAAUCCGUCCGUCUCGCUGCCUCGACCUCCCACGGCUCGGACAGCGAGCGUCACAGCGGAGAGAUGAUGUUGGCGCGUGUAGGUACAUGUACCCAUGUACCUUACCUUGCUUUACCUUACCUGUAGGUACCUUAUUUA